AUGGCCCUGGGCGUGUCGGCCACCAUGGCCUUCCUCCUCCUCCUCCUCCUCUCCACCCUCAUCGUCGUCUCUCACUGUGACGCCCUCCAAGCCGACUCCGCCACGAACGCCUCGUCCUCGUACAGCGCCGUCGUCCCCGCCAAGGUGCACGCAGUUCAGGAGGAUGCGGAGGGACUCCUCCGCCUGCCAUCCAGCGUUGCGGAGCCAGACCCGGAUCGGUCGCCAGUGGAGCCCGUUGCGGAGCCAGAUCCAGAUCGGUCGCCGGUGGAGUCCGUCGCGGAGCCAGACCCAGAUCGAUCGCCGGUGGAGCCCGUUGCGGAGCCAGACCCGGAUCGGUCGCACCCGGACAGUGACGAAGACAAGGACGAGGAUGAGGAGGAAAAGGAGAAGGCAAACAAGAAGAAAGAGGGGAAGAAGAAAACAAAGAAGCACCACGACGGCGACGACAAGGGGAAGAAGGAGAAGCAGGCAAAGAAGCACCUCCGGCAAAGGAGGACGAGGACAAGGAGGAGGAGAACACGAAGAAGCGCAUCCACGGUCGUCACCACCACGUCGAGGACGAAUCGGUGA